AUGGAUCUCUCCAGCCCCAAGUACCUUGAAGCUCCACCCUUAUUUACAUCUCCCGGGGAAGCCUCAUUAGAGAACAACGCUGGGUUCUAUAGAACAAGCAGAGAUAACCCAUUUCUUGAUCCAAUCUGCAAGUUAAAUCUCAAGGAGACCUCUGAGUUUGUUAAAUCAUUCCCAAUGGCAAACAAUGGCCUAGAAAGCAGAGGUUUUGUUGAUGUUUCAGCUGAGAGGGGGGCAGAGGGAGUGAAUUCAGUUACAAAGAGGAAUGUGGAAGCUCCUUCCACACCUGGUAGACCCAUUUUCAACUUCAGUGUAGGAAACAAUCUCUCAAGAAAGUCUUUUCCUUCAAAGUGGGAUGAUGCAGAGAAGUGGCUUAUUAGUGGCAGUUCUUGCCAUGACUCCCCUGCUCAUCAUCAUGGUUUUAAGCCAUCAGAUUUCUCAAAAAUGGCCAAACAUUGUAUUGGGGUUAAGCCACAAGGAGGAGAGGUCUUUGCAGAAAAAUCAAGGGUCACAGAGGAAAAGGUCUCAAAAGCAAUUUCAGCCUUUCAAGUGCCUAUAUCUUUGGACCAUCAUAGCUCAGCCAGAACUUUCAAUGAGUUCUCUGCCUCAGCACAUGUACUUCUGAAAGGUGACAACCUUUCCCCACCUUGA